UUGAGGCGACCAGCAUGGUGGCCACAAAUAUCAUGUCUCACAGCACCAUGAUGCAGCUCAGUGUCAACUUCCGUCAGCAGGAAGAGCUGGCUAAUCAUGCCAGAAAACUGGCACUUCAGUGUGCCACCAAAGAUCCUCAAAACUGUGCUCUCUGUGCUCUGACAUUGUGUGAAAAAGACCCUGUUGCCUUCGAAACUGCCUAUCAAAUAGUCAUUGAUGCCGCUGCUCACAUAAUGAAUUCCAGCCAGUUGUUUAACAUUGCACGAUACAUGGAACAUAGGGGCUAUCCCAUUCGAGCAUACAAAUUGGCUCUAUUGGCUAUGAAAAAUCUCAAACUGUCCUACAAUCAUGAUACUCACCCGGCCAUCAAUGACAUUCAUUGGGCGUGUGCGCUCAGCCAUAACUUGGGAAAGAACGAACUUUCCAACAUGAUUCCGUUGUUAACAGACAAUGUUCAUUGUGCCACUGUGUUAUCAGACGUACUGAGGCGGUGCACUCUGACAGCGCCCGGCUUAGGAAGCACUGACGGAAAACGCCGUGCAAUAAAACACUUGACGAGCUAUGCCUUGAUGUCACAAUGGAUGAUGCAGUUAGGAAACCGAUCAAAGGCUCCUGUGGAGGGCUACGUCUCACAGCCCAAUUUUCCAACCAAACACAGCGCGGGAAACGUUUACGGCAGACGGUCUAGAAUGGUUAACUCAGACGGAGCUCCAAGUCCGUACAACCCAGAUGCUGCACAGCUAGCAGCGAUGGACGAAUCCAUUCCUCCACACCUUCGAUUCUCCACAAACAACGGAUACGACGACUUCCACAAAUCUUACCAGCAAGUCAGCCAGCAGUUCCCAAACAAACACUUCCCAGUAUUUGGUCCACCAAAGCUUCGACACGGGCGGGCGGGAGGAAGCUGGCGUCACGUGAAGGAAGUCCUACAGGCUGGCGGGCGACGCAUUGUAUUUGUCGAUGGUCAAAUUGCAUAUGAAGAUAGUAUAAAGAUUGAUGAUGUGCCCAGAGGUCAUUUGAUUAAGCCUGACGCUCGCCAAGAUCGGCCAUUGAGUAGAAGCCAGUCAUUCUCACAAAACCGAGACCGCAGACCUGACGCAACAAUUUACGGACUUGAGAGGAAGAAAGGGAUGGAGCAGGGAAACUGGGCAGUGAUGCGAUAAUCCAAUUAAAUGAAACAUGAAAAUCCACUAAUCUCAUCCACAGCUUUAAUUCAGUUUCUUUAUACUCUGUGCUACCUGUAUCAGUAUUACCAUAAAAGUAUUAUCCCGUGUUGGACUUGUGAAAAAUAUAUUGUUCAUUUGUUUAUAAAUUAAAUGGAAUAAAGAAUAACUCUUA